GUCAGUACCGGGCCAAGAUCAUCGUGGAAUCACGAGUUGGCAAGGAGGUCAUCCGAAGACAGUUCGAUGGCAUCCGCGCGCACCGACGGGAGGUGCCACCUGGCAUGGCCCAAAAGUUGGCCAAGGUGUCCGGCGUUCACACCAUCGAGAUCAUCCAGUGCAAACUGCAAGAGGAGCCACCGCUCCACGAGCUCCAUGGUGUGGUGGUACUGCGCUUGUCAAAGAACGAGCUUACUUGCCUCAGCAGGGGGGAGAGACCUCUCCAGAACGAUCAGCCGCAGAAACAGUAUAGGCUGGAGAUCCUCGCUUGCGAUCGAAAUCGGUUGCAGAUGGUGGAACCAGGCCCCCCUGCCGCAAAGAGCAGCGGUCUUGACUUGA